AUGAUAGCCCGAUGCAGCCCUCUCCCUUGCACGGGCACGUCACGGUCAGACGCCACUGCAGCAUCAGCAGCCGCCACUUCCGCCCGGUUGCUGCGACACAAGACGUCAACAGAGAUGGCAGAGAAGGAGAAGCGUCGGUCCGCGGUCCUGCCUCCUCCCGUCCCCGAGGCCGACAGCAGGGCCGCCCGCAGCGACAGCGACCGAGACUUUCUCACACAAGCCGGAGUGAGCGAGCUGCUGCGGGGCGCGAUCCUCAAGAUGGUGGAGGCCAGAUCGGAAGACCCCAUCGGCUUCUUAGCGGACCACUUCUGCAACUUGGCCUCUGAGAGCGAUCCUGGGACUGGGACCGGUGACGGGGACGAGGGGAACAACGGGACAGUGGCUGGACGUGCGCAGGAGCAGCAGAGGCUCAACCGCGCUCUCUGGCACUUGCGUCUGGCGCACCACUCGCACAGAUCAGCGUUCAGCAACAACGUCCGUGUGGCGUACGACCUCCUGAACGAGCUGUCACCUCUGCUCCGUGUGACUGACCCCCCCACCAACGACACCGACCAGGUCCACGCAGCAUCACCCAGAGACGAAGCUGGAUAUGGAGGAGGUGUCCGCGGGGGCCUGUACUCCCAAACCCUCCAAUGCCUGUGUAGCGAAGGCGGGGUCCCAGCAUCCACCUCCGCCCCUCUCCUUCGCCGCCUCCACUGCCAGGACCAUGAAGCAGUGCCCUAUGACGUAUUCCGCCACGGGGUGCUCACCUGCGCCGUGUUUUCCGACUUCAUCCGCCAAGCUCAGAGGCUGUACGCUGACGUGUGCUGCCAGGACGAGGAGCCUGUUUCCCGGGCACUGGGCAUGGCCGUGAUAGGAACUCUGAAAGAAGCCUUGGAGACGUCGCAAGGAAGUGGUGGGAACUGCGCUGUGAAUGCAAACACUCAAACCCACUCGUGCCUAGAAUCUAAUGUAAAAGCUAUCCGUUACCUGGAGGCUAGUGCCAAGCUGUCUCCGGAUAUGUUAGCUCAGGCCAUGGCCAAAGCACAGACGAGAGGCCCUGGAGGAAGUAUGGACGCCAAGGAGUUUGAGAAUGCAGCUGCAGAGGUGUUUAUAACAAGAGUCAAAGUUUUGUCAUAG